UCGCUGCCAUUAAAGGAAGCCAAGGCAAAUAAUCAUAAAGCAUGGCAGCAGGAUGCGUGGAUAUUUGUCGUUAUAAUCUGCGUGCAAAUUGAGCACGAGACAGGCAGAGUGAUUGGCUGUUUGUGGACAAAAGCGGCUUUUUACCUGAGACAGUGAAGAGAGAGAGAGAGAGAGAGAGAGAGAGAGAGAGAGAGAGGGGCAGGGAGAAAAGAAGCGGGGCGAGAAAAGUCGACUUACCUGUAGCCCAACUUCUGGCAACUCUCUCACUCUAUUACCUGCUCCGACUUGAAAGUCCAGUUUCACAAGGAAGAAUCGUAGAGGAAGCUAAAUAUGUCACAGGAGACAGACAAUAAGCGCCUGGUGGUGGUGGUACCCAACGAGAGCUCCUUCCCCGCAGUGCGGCGGGCCUACACCAGUGAGGACGAGGCAUGGAGGUCGUACCUGGAGAACCCGCUGACUGCCGCCACCAAGGCCAUGAUGAGCAUCAACGGGGACGAGGACAGCGCCAACGCCCUGGGCCUGCUCUAUGACUACUACAAGGUGCCUAAAGAAAAGAGGCUUCUGCAGGUUCCCAAAGUCGUUGAAAUUACAGAGGAACAGGAGAAGAGGUCUGCGUUGCCGAGCAACCCCAGCAGCCAAAGCGAGGCGGAGACGGUGGACAACCGUGUCCAGGUCCUGAAAUCUGUUCCCGUCAACCUGUCGCUGAACACGGAGCACCAGGCGACCAAACGGGAGAUUUUCAGCAGCGCCACUGAAGCGGUGUCAGGGGAUGGAGGCUCGCCAGCUGUGGCCGUGGUGAAGGCCGAGGUGUACGCGCCCGUCUUCAUGACGGGAGCGGGGCUUCACUACAGGGCGGAGGGAGAGGAGUCGUCAAGGGUGGUCUACGAACAGAGUCCGUAUGAGGUGACCAACGUCAGUCACAGUGCAUAUGUGAAAGAAGAUCAGCAGAGUCCGCCUGACAGCCCGUACGAGGAAGAGAGAGACGGGCAGAAGUACCACACACCUUCCUCUCUGGCUACAGAUGACUUCUUAUUUCACCAGGAGGGAGUUGACAGCUUCCAGUACACGCUGGAUGCCACUCGCUCGCUUCGUCAGAAGCAGGGUGAGGGACCAAUGACUUACCUGAACAAAGGCCAGUUCUACGCUGUGACGCUCAACGAGCUCAGUGCCAACAAAUGCCUCCGUCAUCCCACCAGCAAAGUCCGGAGUGUGAUCAUGGUUGUAUUCAGCGAAGACAAGAACCGGGACGAGCAGCUGAAGUACUGGAAGUACUGGCACUCCCGGCAGCACACGGCCAAACAGAGAGUCUUAGACAUCGCUGAUUACAAGGAGAGCUUCAACACAAUAAGCAACAUUGAAGAAAUCGCCUACAAUGCCAUCUCCUUCACCUGGGAUGUAAAUGAAGAGGCCAAGAUCUUCAUCACAGUCAACUGUCUGAGCACAGACUUCUCCUCACAGAAGGGGGUGAAGGGUCUCCCUCUGAUGAUCCAGAUCGACACGUACAGCUACAACAACCGCAGCAACAAGCCGCUGCACAGGGCCUACUCACAGAUCAAGGUCUUCUGUGACAAGGGAGCAGAGAGGAAAAUAAGAGACGAGGAGCGAAAACUGUUCCGCAAGAAGUCAAAAGGUAAAGACGGAGGUGUAGGCGUGAUAAGCGUUCCCAAGAAGUCCGACACCACUUACUUCAAGACCAUGAGUGACUUGGAGGCUCAGCCUGUUCUCUUCAUCCCUGACGUUCACUUUGGGAACCUACAGAGGGCUGGACAGGUGUUUACCUUCAAUGCAGAGGAGAUCGAGAGAGAAGGGAGCGUGCUGGUGAAGAGGAUGUUCAGGCCGUCAGAUGAAGAUUUGUGUCCAUCGCCUCACAAACAGAUCAAAGAGGAGACGCACAAGAGAGUGCUGUUGUAUGUAAGAAAGGAGACUGACGAGGUGUUUGACGCUCUGAUGCUGAAGUCUCCCACGCUCGGAGGCCUGAUGGAUGCUAUAUCAGAGAAGUACGGUGUGCCGACGGAGAGGAUAGCCAAAGUGUACAAGAAAAGUAAAAAAGGGAUCCUGGUGAACAUGGACGAUAACAUCAUCGAGCAUUACUCCAACGAAGACACCUUCAUCCUCAACAUCGAGAGCUACGCAGACGCCUACAAGAUCACGCUGACGGAGAUCUGACAGCUCGUCAGCCGCCUUGGAGGACUGAGAGGCGAGAGACGCUGUGAGUGCCGGCUGGCUGGAAUCUACGAGGCUGCUAUUGAUUGGCUGAUAAGCUGACUGACAGUAUUGGAGACAGUCCAUUGGUGACGUUGCCCCGACGCUCUGAGGUCAACGCCGACACACCUGAUCCCUCUCUGACACUGUUACACUAUGAAGCAAGUCAUGUUUUCUGUGCGGGAGGACGACAAUCUUACAAAGAGGACAUUAUUCUUAUGAACUGGUUAUAUUUACUUCCUCAUUGUACUAUGUGUUGAGGUGAAAUGAUGGAGAACAGUUCCACGUUCUCCACUUUUGCCGAAUAUUUUUGAUUGUAUAAAAGAAAAUCUCUACAUUUCUGUACAGUCUUGUGUUUUUGCCAAAUAACACAUCAGGAGUAGCCUCACGAAAAGCCUGAUGUUCUGUAUGUAUAGCUUGAAUUAGUUAAUUAACUUAGCCCCUUUGCAUGCCAGCCAAUUGUUUUUGUUAGCUGUGUUAUUAUUUAUUAAUGUUUUUUGCAUUGUUUAAAGCAAUUUAUCCAAGGAUUUCAAGUACUUUACAUUUCAAAAACGUUGUUUUUAGUCACCCUCUGUAAGUGCACAGGAGUUUUUAAAUAGCUUGUCUCUAUAUUUUCAGCUUUGUCAUACUAUUAACAUGUCAACAAAUAGCCUGUGUUUAUUUGUAGGACUUAACAAGAUGGUAAUGACCUUUAAAAAAAUACUGUAAACAACUUUUGUCAGGUGAAAAAUGGCACUUGGCCUUGUGUGUUUGGCUAAAUUGAAAAAAACAAUAAAGGUAUAAAGAUAGAGAGGUCA